GCCGUGCAGGUCGCCCUGAGGAGGGGCCCGCAGAGCCGCCGCCACCGGCUCGCCUCCCACGUGGCCUGGUUCGCGGUGUUCGUGACAAGGAGGGGUUCUUGGGUUCGCCGGUUGUGGAAGCGGGCCUCGACAAGCAGAUCAUGGCGCGCCUCGACUGCUCGCAGUACGAGGAGCAUGUCAACAGGCUGCUGCGGCCGCCCGGGCCGGAGCCCCGCGGCGAGGGCGGCUGCCCUGCGGGCAGCUUCCCGAAGCAGGUGCGGCGCGCCCCGCGGUUCCGCAUCUGCCUGCGGCACGGGCAGCUCGUGGACCGGCGGAUACUGCGCUUCGGCAGCUGGGACGACUGCGACCUGCUGACGAGGCUGUCCCGCCGUUGGGGGCGCCCCGCGAGGGUGCUGGAGGUCGGCGCGUACAAUGGCAUAUGCGCCCUCGGCUUCGCCGCGGCUGGGGCCGAGGUGGUGGCGGUCGAGGCGCACCCGGAGAGCGCCGCCCUGGUGCGGGCGUCCGCGGCCCUCAACGGCUUCCACAGCCUCCGGGUCGUCCACUCCGCGGUCGGGGCUCCCGGUUGGGCCAGGCUGGUCGAGUUCGGCGGCAACGCAGCCGGCUCUGGGCUCCGCGGGGGAGGCGGCGGCAGCGCCCGCACGGCCGAGCCAGCCGAGGCCCUCGCGCGCCUGGGCGUGCGGGCGGGGCCCCGCGAGGCCUGGCUGCUCGGGCGGCUGCGGGAGGCCCGGCGGAGUUUCAGGACCAGCUGGCAGAGCCUUCCCGUGCCCGUCAGGGGGCUGGACGAGGUCCUCCAGGGCUCGGGAGGCCGCCCGUUCGACCUGGUGAAGCUGGACACCAACGGCAAUGAGGCCGAGGUCCUCGCGGCAGCACCCGCGCUGCUGUCCACGCGCCCGCCGGUGGUGCAGUGCGAGAUCUUCCCAGGC